UUGACAUACACAUGUUUAGAGAGUUUGACAAUUGUUUACUAUUUUGAAUUUGUCAUCAAUACAUUAUCAUUUUGCAAAUGGGAAGAAUAAAUAUAUAAUAUAUUUUAUAUUUUAAAAUGAAUGUGUGAAUAGUUCGACUCCUUUUCGUGCUGAAUGAUUCAGUAAAAAAAGUGUCUGUUUAUUUUAGAUGACUGCAAUUCUAGUGGCGUAGCGCCUGAAUAUCCCCAGCAGUCCAACAGCAUGGAGGCACAGGCAGACUCCGAGCGUGAACGUGCACUGUUGGGGGUGGAUAACAGUGCAGCCGAGGGUGACGGAGACAGGGGGCGCUACAGGUUCACAUUGCUAUACUAUCAUAUUUGCCAAACCUGCUGUUAAUACAGAAUGUGGUGCAUUCAGCACGACAGCAAGGAAUAGACAACGUUUGCGUCUUCAAUGUAUUCUAUCUUAUAUGACACUCCAAAUCUCAAACAACCGAGUACUGGCGACCAUGUGAGCUGGACCACCAGACAUAUUCUAUUAUAUUGUGUUAUGCAUUAACUCCCUUAUUGUGCGAGUGUCUAAGUGUGCCGGGAGGUGCGAGUUCGAAUCCUGGCAAUGAAAAUGAACAGUAGGUUAUUUAGACACCACUGACACAUUAUUUUUAUGGCAAAGUAAAAUAUCGCAAGGAACCCUGGACUUAUACAUCACUGAUUACUAUAUGUAUGUACAAUCGCUAAUCCCUCUUGAGCAAGUAUGGUGAUUAACGCCGAUUCCUUCUCUGUAUGUCUGUAGGUAUUAUGAUUAAGUAGCUGCACUCGGUCCUACUACUGUAGAGUAUAGAAACGUGUUCGGUGAUACAAGCAAUGUAUGUGCAGCAUGAUGGUGCGCUGCGCGUCGCAGUCGUCGCUGGACGAGUGCUCGCAGCGCGCGGCGGGCGCGGGCGCGGGGGGCGGCGGCGCCGCGCAUUGCGCGCGCGUCAUGGGCGCGCUCGCGCGGCUGCGGCGCGCCGCCGUGCUCUGCGACGUGACGCUGUACGCGCGCGCGGGGGGCGCGGCCUGCGGGCCCGGCGCGCCGGACCCGGCGCCGGAGGGCGAGGCCGGCCCCGGCGUGCCGGCGCAUCGGGCGGUGCUGGCGGCCGCUUCGCCUUACUUCCACGCCAUGUUCACACAGUUCGACGAGAGCACGCAGCCCACUGUUACCAUUCAGAACGUGGAGCCGCAGGCACUGGAGGCCAUCGUGGAGUACAUAUACUGCCCGGACUCGCUCGUAAUCAACGAGGACAAUGUGCAGAGCCUGCUGGCGGGCGCGUCGCUGCUGCAGGUGGGCGGCGUCCGCGCCGCCUGCUGCGGGUUCCUGGCGGCCGCGCUCUGCGCCGACAACGCGCUCGGCAUCCGCGCCUUCGCCGACCUGCACGCCUGCGCCGACCUGCGCCACGCCGCCGCGCGCUACGUCGAGACCCACUUCGUCGACGUGCUCGACUCCGACGAGUUCCUGGCGCUGGAGCCCGACACGCUGGCGCGCCUGCUGGACUCGGACCGCGUGGCCGUGCCGGGCGAGGAGGUCGUGCUGGACGCCGUCCUGCGCUGGAUGCAGCACGAGCCCCGCGCGCGCGCCGCCCACCUGGCCGCGCUGCUGGAGCACGUCCGCCUGCCGCUGCUGGCGCGCGACGAGCUGGUCGCGCGCGCCGCCGCCGAGCCGCUGGCCAGCGCGGGGCUGCGCGUCAAGGACCUGGUCAUCGAGGCGCUGUCGUUCCACCUGAUGCGGCCGGAGCGGCGCGCGGCGUGCGCGGCGGCCUGCCCCCGCGCGCGGCCCCGCCAGCCGCCGCGCGCGCCGCGCGAGCUGCUGGUGGUGGGCGGCCAGGCGCCCAAGGCCAUCCGCGACGUGGAGGCCUUCCAGCUGGAGCUGGCGCGCUGGCGGCCGGCCGCCGAGCUGCCGGCGCGCCGCUGCCGCGCGGGGCUGGCCGUGCUGGCCGGCAAGGUGUACGCCGUGGGCGGCUUCAACGGCACCUUGCGCGUGCGCAGCGUCGACGUGUACGACGUGGCGGCCGACUGCUGGGCGCCCGGGCCCGCGCUGCUGGCGCGCCGCUCCACGCUCGGCGUCGCCGUCAUCGGACACGUCAUCUACGCCGUGGGCGGGUUCGACGGCGCGACGGGGCUGAGCUCGGCCGAGGCGCUGGACACGCGGGAGGGCGUGUGGCGGCCCAUCGCGUCCAUGUCGACGCGGCGCUCGUCCGUGGGCGUGGGCGUGCUGGGGGGCAAGCUGUACGCCGUGGGGGGGUACGACGGCGCGUCCCGCCAGUGCCUGCAGUCCGUGGAGCGCUACGACCCCGCGGCCGACGCGUGGGAGCCCGUGGACGACAUGGGCGCGCGCCGCUCCGGCUGCGGCGUGGGCGUCGUGGACGGCGCGCUGUACGCCGUGGGCGGCCACGACGGGCCCGCCGUGCGCCGCAGCGUGGAGCGCUGGGCCGGCGCGGGCUGGGCGCCGGCGCCGCCCAUGCAGACGGCGCGCCGCAACGCCGCCGUGGCCGCCCACGUCGGCCGUCUGUACGUCGUGGGCGGGGACGACGGCGCCGCCAACCUCAGCUCCGUCGAGGUGUUCGACCCCGCCGCCGACUGCUGGGCCGCGCUGGCCGCGCCCAUGUCCGUGGCGCGCUCCUACGCCGGCGUCUGCGUCGUCGAGCGCGCCGCCUGA